CAUGUCUACAAAUACUCAAUGCUCACUGCAAACCUACAGAGGACAGCAUCACUGAGACCAAGAAGCAACCUUCCUGAGUUCCUGAAUAAGCUACUGAAAAGAUGUUGUCACACAAGUCUUUCCUGCCCAUCUUGGCGCUGUGCUUUUUAAUGGACGAGGUGUAUUCAUUCCUGCUACCAGACAGGCUACAGCUGAGUAGAAGCAGCCACCGGUUGGGUCGGGAUCUGUCUUCUCACCUGUCAGAACUCUCGGAUCUAGUAGAACUCGUUCCUGAUAACGGCGGGGAAAUGACCCGUGACUGGGAGCCUAACCCAGCCCGAUCCUCACCCUCCUUCUCUGUCCCUGUGGAACGCAUUUCAACACCUCACACCAACACACAUCACAGGAACAAGGACAAGAGACUGAGGGUGACCGUUCCCUUGGACCGCAUUGGUAGCUUAUACCUGUCAGGCAGAAAGAGCAGAAAGGAUGAACCAGAGGAGCAACGGGAUUAAUCCAACAGUACAACCGUAGGAUUCGUGUACCAAACAGGCUGGUUGUAAAAGGACAGAUUAAGCCUAGUCUUGUAAAAUCACAGCUACAGGAGAUUACUAAUUAAAACGCUCUUCAAUCUAGGAUUAGGCUUAAUAUGUAUUUAGAAAUUUGUAUGCAACAGGUGCCACCACCUUCUACUACUACCACCUUUUUUUUUUAAUAAAUAAAAUCUAUUUAUUGCUAUUUAAUGUCACCCUGUAGUGGUAUGCAAACUGACAGACACUCUACAUGUGUGCCUAUGAUCAAUAAAAAUCGAAUCGAAAAAACACAGAUGAUGCUUCAAGUCAUUAUUCAUUGACAGAAGAUUAAAAAAUAAAUUAAAUAUUGAACGUUGUAUAGGAUACCCAAUAAAGAAAAGGCUUUAUUUCUUCUGGUACAGUUAAAGAAAACAUCAGAUGCCAAAAAUAUAACAUUUGUUUGGCUUUCUCUUCGUUUUCAUAUUAUGUACAGUUCUGAAAGGAUAUGAUAUUUACAGAGUAAAAUAGGAGAGGGUCUAUGUUUUGGGAAUUUCAAGAAACCCCUCGCAAAAAACAAACAAACAAACGAACAAAAAAACAUAUUAGAAACAAAAUAUGCCACAACACUUGUAGCUUAAACUCUUUUCUGUACACAAGACGAUCUGGUCUCCGAACUACUUUCAAACAGCAUAUCAGGGAACAGCUCCACAACAACUAACACUCUGUGUGUGUGAUCUUAACCAGAUCUCAGACAAGAGAUUAAAACCCAAAUUAAACUCUUAAAAAAAACAAACAAAAAAAAACAAACAGAACAAAUAACUACAUCUAUUAAAUUGG